UUGUAUUUUGUUUUGUAAUAGAAGGAUUUGUCAAUUAUCUUUUUUUGAAUAAAAAUCACAGCAAUUUAUAUACUGUAAUGGAGUCUCAAAUAGAGCAGGUUCUUUUGCUAUGUCCGGAAGCUGACCCAAAGGAAGUUGAAAAUGAUUUAAACUUUACGAUGGAUUUUGAAACAACUUUAAAUAAUGCUUUGGAUGGUAAGCUUGGUAUUAAAUCUUCAUUAUUACCAUCAAAACGAAGUGUUUCUCCGAUAACAAUUUCGUUAGACUAUGACGAAUUGAACGAUAACAAAACCGAAGAUGGCGCUAUAAAAUAUACUAACCUUAAAAAAAUGCCUUAUCUUGGAUUGUCAACAGAAAAAGAUUCAACUGAUGAAGUUCUUGAUGACUCUAUUUUACUAAAGCCAGUUUUUGAUAUCAACACUAAAAAUUCCAAUUCUUCACCAUGCCAAGAUAAAAGUAACAGCUCUGUAAAGACUUCAAUUGAUUUCCAAGUACAUACAAAUAAGACAAACUGUACAAAUGGUCAUGUUGAUGAAACUGAAGUAGAUAGCUGUAGCUCAAAGACUUAUGGGAUAACAGUGGAUAAUUGUGAAUCUCAAGAUGAACCUGGCACAAAAAGAAGAAAAAGAACGAAAGAAGAAAUAGAAGAAAAGAAAAGAGAAGCAAUCUUAAAGAAAGCAACCAAAGAGAAGGAAAGGUUGGUAAAAUUUCAGGAAAAACAAAGACUUAAGAAUGAAAAGGCAACAGUAGUUCAGGAGAAGAAAUUGCAAAAAGAAAAAGAACAAAUGCAAAGAAAGGCUGAGAGAUUGACAAAAAAUUCUAACCAGCUAGAUGGUUGUCUUAAGUAUGUGACAGCUUCUUUGGACCCAGCGCUGCUACUUGAUGAAGUUUCCUCACAAACUGCUGGUCACAAGGACUGUCGCAAUGUAAUUCUUGAAAAGUUAACCUCGUGGGACAUAAAUUACGUCAUAACGUCACAACUAUUUCCACGAAGUGUCACGUGGCAGAGGGAAAUUUUUGAACAUACGGUGAAAGAUGACGAUUUAACGAUAAUGACGUCAAACCACACGUCAGAAGAAAAUCACGUGAUCGUUGUUUUACUUGCUGAGCAAUUUGUAGAAAUGAUCUUCUCAUCCAAACAGGAUUAUGUUGACAGACAGGUAAACCUGGACGAACGUCGAAAAACUUUGCUUGAUUUUGUUAAACAUGUAAAACACGUGUAUGUAGGAAAGAAAAUCACUAUUUUUGUGAAGGGAAUGGAAAAAUAUUUAAGGAAUGUGAAGUUGAAAAAACAAAGAUCUUUUCGUGUUAUGGCCACUGGUGAGGCUCCUGUAGAUGAUGGUAAAAAAAAGCGAAGAAGAAAGAAAGUUGACGAUGUGUUUAAAGUAUCUACAACAGAUAUUGAAGAAGCUUUAAUUGAAUUGCAGAUAAAAACAAAUAUAUGUGUGUAUCACUGUGAAAAUAACGAUGAUCUGGCGAUGAAGAUUGCUGUGUUUACAAGAGCUGUUGCUGAGAAACCUUAUAAAAAAUCUCUCACAGACAGCAGUGGAUUUUCUUUAGAUUGUUUGGACAAGACCUCAUUAAAGGUUUCGAAAGACGGUAAAGGUUUAAUAAAUGUUUGGCGUCAACAAAUUGAACAGUUGAAUAAUGUCUCUCCUGAUAUGGCGGCUGCUAUCGUUUCUCGAUUUCCAUCACCACAAAUACUGAAACAAACUUAUGAUAAAUGUCAAUCUAAGGAUGAAGGAAUGUUCCUGCUUCAAGAUAUUUUGGUUCGACGCGGUGGUGGAUCUACUGCUACGAGCCGAAGGAUUGGUCCUGAACUUUCUAAACGUCUUUACACAGCUUUUCAUUCAAAAGAAAGUGAUUGUUUAUUAAAAUGAUAGUAAAAGAAGUGAAAUUAUCCCAUCUUCUACUGGAUGUAAAUGUUUUUUAACAUAUUUUUUAUGCUUGAAUACUGAAAUACCACUUGUACAGGAAGUUCCAUUCCAAAUCGCCAUGGAAAAAUGACAAGAACGUAAUUAUGAUAAAUUAUACAAUUUCAUCAAUCUGGUAAUCAUAAAUUAUAUGUUAUUAAAUAAAUUAUGAUCGUAAUGUAACGAAGUCGAGUUAUACAGCUAUGAUUGUAAUAAAUUAAUAAUAUUGUGCCAA